AUGUACUUAAUUGAUCAUGGCGAUGAUUUGGGCUUUGAAUUAAAGCCUGAUGAUACAAAUUCUUGGCUGCUUUCUAGUGCAGCCAAGCUAGCUGCAACAGGAACUAGAAACCUUGAACAAAAAGUGAAAACCAGUAAAGGGGGUUAUUAUUUUGAUUACUGUGUUGAUGAAAGUAGGCAUUUGACCCGUGUCUUUUGGGCUGAUGCUAUUGGUAGAAGAGAUUAUCAAUUAUUUGGGGACUCUUUAUCUUUUGAUUCUACCUAUGAUACAAAUAAAUAUUCAUUGGUUUUCUGUCCUUUUACUGGUUUUAUGGGAAGAGAACCCUGUUGUAUUAUCACUGAUCAAGAUCCUGCAAUGGGUAUUGCCAUAGAAAAGGUUUUUACCAAGACUAAACAUAGGCUAUGUAUGUGGCACAUAAUGAGGAAGGUACCUGAAAAGGUUGGAAUUUCUCUUUGUAAUGAAACUGAUUUCCUGAAAAAGCUAAGUGCAGUAGUUUGGGAUAGAGAGAUUGAUCUUCAUGUAUUUGUUGAUGGCUGGAAUAGUGUUAUGGAAGAGUUUAACCUUGUUGAUCAUGAGUGGUCUGAAGGUGAAAAAAGUUUCUUUUGUAAUUUUACAAACCCUCAUGUGACCUGUGUUGAAUUCUUUGUCCGUUACGAAACUGUUCUUGAUGCUCAAAGGCAUAAACAUGAUGAGUUGUAUAGGCUUAAUAAACUUGAGCCUCAAUUGGUUACUAAUUUACACUUGGAAAAGCAUGCUGUUGUUGUUUAUACUCGUUCCAUAUUUUAUGAUUUUCAAGAAGAAUGCCAGGGAGCUUGUUUUUCAGGUGGUGUUGAAAGUUGUAGUUCUCUGUAUGGAGAUGGUGUGGAGUUUUCUGUUAUUGUUGAUCAUAAGAAAAGGAAAAAAUUUCAUGUAAAUUUUGACUUGGCAACAUAUGAGUCAAGUUGUACUUGUAGAAUGUUUGAGAGUCAAGGUGUUUUAUGUAGACACAUUUUGUUUGUUAUGAAAGGCAAGUGUAUACGAGAAAUUCCUGAUGCUUAUAUCUUGAAUCGUUGGAGAAAAGAUGUUCUGAAGAAAGCUUCUGUCAUAGAUGUUGCUCUGGAUGAUGCUUCUAAGUAUGAUAAGAAGAAGCAAUUGGUCAGUGAUGUAUGGUCCAAGAUUUUCAGUUGUGUGAGUUUAACUGACCAAUCUGAGGAUGAUUUAUCUGAGCUUAUUAUGACAUUAUCUUCAUUUGAGGAGCAGAUGAUAUCAAAGAAUAAUCCUGAAAAUGCACCUAGUUCAAAAGAGGUGAAAGAUGCUGAUAUUCAGGUUUUGGUUGGGUUAAAUGAAGUUGAUGUAAAUGUCUUGCCUCCAAAUCAGUGUCUUAAUAAGGGUUAUGCCAGAUUUUCAAAGAGGUUGAAGAGUGCAAAAGAAAUAGCUACUGAAGAAAAAUCUAAAAAAGGCAGAACUUGUAGAGCUUGUGGGUAA